AUGAUAGUCACCUACCCACCUCCACCUCCACCUCCACCUAGGUCACCUACACCACCUCCACCUAAGUCACCUACCGCACCUCUACCACCACCUGUACAGCUCAAUAUCACGACCUCCUUUAACAUCCUACAUCUCGAUUCACAGGUUAUGGUCGAGAGUAGAAAAAAAACGCGUAAGAGGAAGGCCGUUGAUAAGUACACACCUCCUAUUGAACCAAAUAAGAAAAUAACAAAAGAGAAGGAAGUUAGGGUUCAACUUCCUUUGGAUCGUCCAAAUAUUAAAUACCAUCUCCCUGGGGUACCUAUGAUGCAGUUUAAAGCGACGAUCCAAUACUCUUUGGAGCAUGAGGUUCCAGUGGCUACAUUGAAGGAAAUGGUGAACUGGAUUGCCGAUGAGAACACGGAAAACGAGGUUCAAGAAAAUGCAAUUCAUCCAUUAUCAAAAACCUUUUUCCAAGAGUUGACUGAACCAAGUUCAUGGGUUGAGUGUGACACCCUAAAUGUCAUUUUUGAGUUCAUGAAAGAAAAAUUCUAUAGGCAACCAGACAUGUGUAUGGCUCGCUUCACCAUUCUGCCAAUUGGAAUAACGAGUCAUCUAAAUUCUCGAGAUGGGGUCUACAAACAUAUGAAGAAUAAGUCGACUUUGGAAGCUGCCGUAGCAUGGGUGGAUGAGACGUUACCAGAUUAUGUCAUGGGUAAAUUUGAUGUCAAGUGGUUAGAUGUGGACUUCAUAUACACGACAACAAACAUUGAUCAGCAUUGGAUGUUGGUAGCAUUCGAUUUGAAUAGAGGCCGGUUGUUCGUAUUUGAUUCACUGCCUUCCAUGACAUCGAAGAAGAAGCUGGAGUCUUUCCUUGAAUCGUUGACUUACACCCUACCUUCGCUUCUUCACUAUUGUGACCUGAAAUGUUCGAAGCCGGACAUCGAAACAUCUCAGUGGAAGAUAGCCUGACCUACUGCUACGAAUACACAACACAGGUCGUUAGAUUCUGGAAUUUUUGUUGUAAAAUUCUUAGAACAUUUAGUGACUAGUAGUGACCCAUCUGUAAUAACUCAGGAUAAGAUGACUGACUAUAGGAUGUAAUUGGCAUGUCAAUUGUGGACGAACACUCCAUAUUAUUGGCGUACAUGUAUAUUAUGUAUAUUAUUGAUGUAAUUUAGCUUUUACUAA